AUGCCCCUCAUCCCUGACGAUUCAAGUCUCGCGUCGCACCAUAAUAUUUCCUCCCCACCAGAACGCCUGGUUACAAGGAGUACUCCUGCGUCCGCCAUUCAUAGUCGAGAAGCCUCCGCUGUGAGGGGAAGAGCAGCCGAUCCAUCCGCUCUAGCCCCCUCGACGCUACAGCCUCAGAAUAAUCGUCGUGGCCAAUCUCAUUCGAAAAGUCCUGAUCCGACUGCUGCACGCCCCGGUAUAGGAUACGAUGUAAGCCUCGAAAGAAGGCCUUCGAACUCAUACGGUCACCACCGACAGACUUCGAUUGUCCAUGGCGUCCAACAUUCUCGAAAUCCGAGUUUUGCUGCCUCCUCCAACUCUACGAGUCCUCUGAGUCCAGAGUUGAUCGCGUCCCUCGGCCGCGGCGCUGGAAAUGAACAGGAGAUAAGUAGUGCAGGGCGGUUGGAUCAGAACGAGAUGCCAACGAUUCAUCAUAGCCCUGGAGGCAAUGGGACGAGCCAUAUCUUGCAAGGGACCUUGAGUACCAUCGAGGAUCAGGAUACUGGCGAGGUCGGCAACGCAAACUCGGCGAGCUCGGUGCAUAGAAGGAUGAACUCGGCUGGAAAAUCCUGGAAAGAGCGCUCUCAUAGCCGCUCACACUCGAGACAACAACACUCGGAAUCCAAGACUGUCGGCGAAUAUGCCUUGCACCAUCUUUUUAAUUCAUUCGUCGGUCAGGCAGACAACAAGGUCAAUCAAGCCAUUAUGAAGCUUGGACAUUCGGAUGCUCCGGUAGAAGAGGUUUGCGGUCCUGGCGUGGAUCCGAACUUCGAUCAAUUGAUCUCAGCUUUGGGCCACAUCUCUCGACAGAAACCAAAGCCGUUGAUCGACACCAUAAUGCUAUGGCGAAAAGCCAAAGGAGACGCAGCCAUAAUGGCUAAGCAAGCUAGUCAAAAGCCGUCUACCUCUGAUAAUGUGCCCAUCGCGCGCCGUAAUACAGAGCCGUCCCAGAACGUUGUUGAUUCGGCAGCACCAACAGAUUCUACGACGUCCAGCACCAUCCUAACACGGCAAGAAGAUGUCGUCUUAGCUGAGCGCCGUGCGACUGUGUCCGUGUAUCUUGUUUGCAGAGUCUUGAUUGAGAUAUUCAACCAGAGCAAUAUAGCAUCCAUAACGAUUGACAUGGCUGAGCGUUUGGAGGACAUCGUCUUUGGUCAACUCAAGACGGUUGACCCGGAUCAGAUAUCAGCGUCACCGCUUCGCAUGGCUAAUUGGCGGAUCUAUUCCCAGUUGCUUGGUAUCAUGAGCGAGACGAACUUCACGAGUGUCACUGGUCGCUUCUUAGCAGAACUCGAACGAUAUCAGAAGGAAGAAAUGCUCCGUGGGCCGUCAAGGGAGGGUGACUCUCGAGCAGAACUUCUGAUCUUGGGAAUGAGACACAUUCGUAUCAGGACCUAUUCGGAUAACUGGAGUAAAUCAUGCGACUUCAUGCGAUCAUUGGCACGCUUGUUUGCCAAUGCUCACGGGCAGCGCGUCAAACAGGCUUACUGUUACAUUUUCGAGAAACUCCUCUUGCCAGUAGCAGCGAGUUCGAAUUGCGAUCUCAGCUUACCCAAGUGGAAAGAAUUUCUGGAUUUGGUUCAAUCUCGCCUAUCUCAAAUGCUCACUAAGCCCCGUCACUGGGCCGCUGCCUUUCCACUUCACGUACUGCUAUUGUGUGUGUCUUCAAAGGAGGUGUUCUUGUCUCAAUGGCUCUCGGUUAUUCAGAGUCUUCCUGCAAGGCUGAAAGACCGUCCAACAAGGGGCCCGGCCCUCCAAGCUAUGUGCCGCCUGUUGUGGACAUACUUCUUUCGCUACACAGACUCCCCAACCGUGACCCUCCGAAAAGUUGAGGAGGUUGCCAGGAUAGCCUUGCCAGCUGGUAAAAGGUCGUACUUGAGUACAGAUCCUGCAGUUGCCGAGCCCCUCAUACAGCUGGUUCGCAUGAUCGGCUUCAAACACCCCGAUGUCUGCUUCCGCAACAUCAUUUUUCCCUUGAUAAACUCUGACCUUUUUCUUUCCGGAAGAGAGCUCAAAAUUGAACAGAUGGAGCCCGAGAAAAUGGUCAUCGGUAUCAGAUCUUUUCUGGCGAUAGUGACGGACCUUGAGAACUGUGAUCAGCUCUGCCCUCCAUUUCCUACUGGCUCAAUCCCCAACCCAUUCACUGAUAUCUCUGCUCCGACUCAUUUACAUCGACCCCAGCUUCUCACAGAUCCGCGCCUGCCCGGUUCUAUGGAGAGUAAAGAUACAGCACUAUCGUUACCUGUCAAUACAUCCAGACUAAGCGAUAAUGUCAAGGAAUAUUAUACUCGUUUUUGUGAUAUCCUUGGCAAGAUCACUCUGUUAUGCGACAACACAUUCGGUGGCCAAGCAACACUAGAUGAGAAGUUCGGCGGGACAACUCCUAAGACACCAAUCUCCGAGGCGUUUAGCUUCGGAAGGCGUGAUGACCAUCCAAGUAUUGGGGAUCAAAGGCAGGGUUUCUACGAUUUAUUUCAUGUGGCGGUACAGGCGCUCCCCCGCUGCUUAUCAGAUCGCAUCCCAUUCAACUCGCUAAUUAAUUUACUUUGUACCGGGACUGCACACGUUCAGUCGAACAUAGCUUCUUCUUCCGCCGAAUCCUUGAAGGCAAUCGCGCGACAGUCGCACGCUCAACAAGUCACUAUUGGUUUCGCGAGAUUUAUUUUCAACUUUGACGCAAGAUAUUCCACCAUGUCAGACGAAGGCAUGCUCGGACCAGGCCACAUCGAGUCCACGUUGAGGUUGUACGUGCAAUUACUGCAGAUCUGGAUAGAAGAAAUCAAACAAAAGACCAAAGGUGCAACUACAGAUCCCGUGGACAAAUCGGGCACUGGAAGUCGAGCUCUGCAGUUGGACCUCUCUACUGUCCUCGCACACGUUGAGGAGAUCGAGUCUCAUGGCCUUUUCUUUCUUUGCUCCCAGUCGAGACGGGUCCGUGCAUUUGCAAUCACUGUGCUUCGGCUGAUCACGGAGUUCGACCGCGCUCUUGGCAAAGAGAAUACAAGAAUUAUAAGAGUCCUUGAAGCUGACGCGCAUGAAAUCCUGAACGUCAACGAUGAACAGCUAAGUGUGGCGGAAAGAAGCCGAAUUCAGAAGGGGAAGAGGAAGAGCGCUUCCCAUAACACCUUGAUUGAAUUGUGCAGCAGCGAGGUGUCUUACGACUCGACUCUAUGGUCAAAGGUAUUCCCGAACAUCAUUAGGAUCAGCUUCGAAACCUGCCCGUUUGCUGUGACUUUGGGACGAGAGAUCGUCUGUGCGAGGCUCGUCCAGAUGCAUAAAACUAUAACUGCUCUCGCUGAUAGUCCGCAUCCACCUCCAUAUGCGCCCAUUGAUCCUGCUCAAGCUCGCGCACUGGGCAGAAGCAACAUGACUGCGGAAAUCCUUAUAGAGCAAUGGAAGCUCUAUCUAGUCAUGGCUUGUACUACACUCAACAGCGUGGGUGCGCAGUCUCAAAGUCAGCUCGCAAAUGCCCAACAUGCGCGCAAAUCCUCUAAGGGAUCUCAGCAGUCGCAAGAUAAGAUCAGCUCCGCCAGAAGCCUCUUUGCUUUUGUGAUACCGUUGUUGUCGGCUGAGCGAUCCUCUAUACGAAAUGCAAUUGUGAUGGCACUUGGCUCUAUCAAUAAGAAUCUUUAUCGCACUUUUCUUGAGUCUCUUCAAUACGCCGUAACGACAUGCAAUGAGGAAGCGAAAAUUCGCAUCGGUGCUCACCAUCGAUCCCCGAGCAGCCCCAGACGAAAUCGGAAAACGGAUCGCCUGAGGACAGAGGUCACGCACGUAUACAAGUUGACUUCGCAUUUCCUUCGAGAACCCGAGGUGUACAACGACGACUGGAUCGUCAAUAAUCUCGUCACUUAUACAAAGGAUCUGCGCAUCUUUCUAAGUGACGCUGAAGUGCAGAAUGACUGGGAAUUCCAACGCCUACGGUUCCAUUACUGUGGCUUGAUGGAAGAAUUAUUCGAGGGAAUUAAUCGGACCAAAGACCCGUCUCACUGGAUCCCUUUCGAGUCACGAAAAUCGGCUUUCUCGCUAAUGGAAGACUGGUGCGGGUACUCGCCUAAUCAAGCACAGAUUGCUCAAAGAGAAGAGAAUAUGCGAAAGUUCGCCAUGGCCCAUCAAUCUGAAUCUGGGGAGUUUCGGAACACAGCAGCUGCAAUGGAGAUCGAGAAGAAGAAUCUUCGCGCAGCGGCUCUUAGUGCAAUGGCCUCAUUAUGUGCUGGACCAAUCAGUAUCACUACGGAAAGUGGCUCAGUGCUUCAAUUCGAUGUGGGAAGAAUGCUCUCUUGGAUUGAUAUCAUUUUCAACACCCUCAGCGAUAAGUGGCACGCGAUCGGUAGACGAGCGCUCAAGAACCUGAUAAUCCACAACAAAGAGCAUUCUUAUCUACUGGAGAGAGCAAUCGAGAUGUGUCACGUCUCGGAAAGGCCGAAGGCGCUGGAAAGUUACUUUGAGGUGGUGACUCAAGUACUGAUAGAACAUACCGAUUAUCCACUUGGCUUCUGGAGAAUCCUGGGCGCUGUACUCGUCACGCUGGGAAAUCAGAAGCGCGAGAUCCGAAUGAAAUCUGCCAAACUUCUUCGCAUAUUAGAAGAACGUCAGCAAAAGAGUUCAAGACUUCAGGACUUCGACAUCAGCAUCUCUGAUAAGACCACAGCUGUAUACAAGCUCGCUCAAUUCGAAACAUCCCGGCGGCUAGCGAAACAGCACUCUGAUUUGGCCUUCACCUUGUUCUCAGAGUUCUCACUACAUUUCCGGAAUGUGGGCCCUGAUAGCCAGCGAAAUAUGGUGGCCGCAAUUUUACCUUGGGUUCAAACCAUGGAGCUGCAAAUUGAUCCUAAUGGUGGUCCAACAGCUAAGUCCUACAUGCUUCUGGCCAAUUUGUUCGAGAUCACUAUCCGAUGUGGCAACAUAUUACCGAACGAGGUGCAAGCGCUCUGGCAGGCACUGGCAACAGGACCCCAUGGUGGGAACGUACAGCUAGUUCUGGAUUUCAUCAUCAGUCUCUGCUUAGAACGCAAAGAGCAGAAUUUCGUCGAGUAUGCCAAGCAAGUCGUGGUCUUCUUGUCAGGGACCCCUGCGGGCUCGAAAGUCAUUGAAUUCUUCUUGAUGCAGGUCGUACCCAAGAACAUGGUUCAAGAGAGGAAGGAUAUUACCCCAGCUCCACCGGAUGUCAAAAGCUUACCCUAUGUGGCGGACCUAGGCACCGUGCUUCCCGUCGGCAAUAAACAAGCUGGCCUUUCGCUAGGUCAAGUGGCACUUAUUUUCCUCGUAGAUCUAAUGGUUGCGCCAGUGACCCUUCCAUUAGAAGCCGUUGUCAAACUGCUUCACGUCGUGCUCAUUCUAUGGGACCACUACAUGCUCACUGUACAAGAGCAAGCUAGAGAGAUGUUGGUCCAUCUUAUCCACGAGUUGAUUGCUGCCAAGAUCGACGAUGAUGCUCCUGCCGCUACACGACAGGGCAUCGAGGACUUCGUUGAAUCUAUACGGGAGAGUGACCCGAAGGUCGUUUGGGAGUACGAAGACAAUAAUGACAAAGAGGACGGCGACGAUGGCAGCAGAGUACCUCUCUCGAUGUCCACUGUUACUCGUCAGGUCGUCAAUUUUUUCAGCUUCGCAUACGAGGGUGUCAGUGAUCUCUGGGCCAAGGAAGCACUCAACUGGGCUACUUCAUGCCCUGUGCGACACCUGGCAUGUCGGUCAUUCCAAGUAUUCCGCUGCAUAUCAACGUCCCUUAACCCGAGGAUGCUUGCAGACAUGUUGGCCCGGCUCUCAAAUACCAUCGCGGAUGAAGAGGCAGAUUACCAAACCUUUUCCAUGGAAAUUCUAACAACUCUGAAAAUCAUCAUUAGCUCUCUUGCCCCCGCUGACCUGCUGCGUUAUCCCCAGUUAUUCUGGACUACUUGUGCUUGUCUCAAUACUAUUCACGAGACGGAAUUCAUUGAGAGUAUUGGAAUGCUGGAGAAGUUCCUGGACAGUGUCGAUAUGAGUGACCCCGCAGUAGUCACCGAGCUCAUUCAAGGUCAGCCACCCAAGUGGGAAGGCGGCUUUGACGGGCUCCAAAACCUGGUCUACAAAGGAUUGAAAUCCUCAGAAUCCCUCAAUCGCACCCUGGAUGUCCUGCAUCGACUAAGUGGUCUUCCAAACAACGCGCUUAUUGGGAAUAGCGACAGACUGCUUUUUACAAUCCUAGCAAAUAUGGCUCAUUUUCUCCACCAAUUCGACCCAGACGUUGAUGAUCCAAAGACUCUUGCGCGUGCUACGUUGUUGGCGCGCGUUGCUGAGGGAGAAGGAUGCCCCCGUCUCGCAGCGUCUCUUCUCGGGCUCGCCAACGGACAAUAUAAGACUGAGAACGAUUUUCUAAAUCACAUCAUUGCAGAGAUGCGGUCUUACUACUUCCCUCGUCAGGACGUUCAGAGCCUGAUUUUUCUGAUGGGCCUCCUGACAAAUACCACGAAAUGGUUUCGCGUUAAGAUCAUGAAGAUUCUCUGCGUGUUGAUACCUGAGAUUGACAUGCGGCGGCCCGAGGUGACCUCGCAUGGACCUGACCUGAUUUCUCCGCUCCUACGACUUCUACAGACCGAACUUUGCCCUCAAGCCUUGGAAGUCAUGGAUCACAUCAUGACUGUUUCCGGAAAUCCUAUGGAGCGCCAUCACAUUCGAAUGAGUAUGGCCUCAUCGUCGUCCUCGCGGGCCAUCCGCAAAGAAUACGAGAAGAUUCAGAGUCUUUAUGGCAUUCCCGAACCUACUGGGUGGUCCAUACCCAUGCCUGCCACCCAAUCAAGUGUCACUCGGCAUAAUGUUCACGCUGUAUUCUACACCUGUGCUGAGGUGGACCCUAUGGAAGUGCAAGAGACUGUUACACCGGAAGUCGAAUUCCACGCGGAUGAAUACAAUGAUUCAUUCUUCCCUAUGCGUGCCGAUACCAUGAAAUCAAUGGACACGCAGAUGGACGGCAACAUGGGAGACAUUGUGCAAAAACUAGACAGUCUCGAUGACUUCUUCGAGGAAACAGAGCCUAUUAACUCUGGACUUGAUGUAAUGCCAGACGCAUCGUUGCGAGGCUUUACUGGUGCUUAUGCGGACACGAGCGCGCAUCUUUAUGACCAACAGACCGCACCCAUUUUGCGCAAAUCACUUGCGCGAACUGCAUCAACCUCGUCGUUCCACAAUGGCCUCGCUGAAUCCCGACCACCGAAUCAGCGCUUUGAUAGUGUGGGUGUCUAUUCACCGAAUACGCUGAUGCCCCAGGUAUCAGGUCACACGUUGCGGCCGACAACACACGCUCGCUCCGUCACCUCACCAGCUAACAACCUUUAUCCGCCAAGCUCCUCCAAUGUACAGUUUUCCACUCCACCGCUUGGGUUCAGCGAAUCAGCAUAUUUGUCCGAUGACGAGUUUGAAGACGGGCUCUAUGAGUUUGAUGAGCGACUGACUAACAACAAACCGCCGACCGUUUUCCAUAAUAGUCAGGGCCGAAGUGUAACGGAUGGGUCUUCAUCCCUUGAGUCGAUGAUUCGCAGCGGAAUGAGAAGACUUACAGGCGGCGCGGCCGCGAACCGGGAGAAAGAGCGGCAGCGUGACUUGAUCAGGGCCCAACAUCGUGCAGCUGUGCAAACGGCGAACUCACCCCGGGUGCCGAAAGUGCCACCGGAAUUCCUCACAGGGCCGACCAGCAAUCCGACAUCACCAGGACAGUGA